CUAGAGAGCAACGAUACUGUGACAAGUUCUUAUUCACUUUAGCAGUUGUGUUUAUUUUUUUGCUACUUAUUACACACAGCUGUCGUGAUCUUUAGAAACAAACAACAAAUCAUAAAUGUAUCACUUUUCAAAUAGUGUUAGAUAUACAAAGUUCUACAGUUAUCCGCCCAUCUGUUUAUUAGCCAAUAGUAUAAAAGUUGGGCGGAGCUUGGCAGGAUCUAAACAUAAAUCAGGAUAUUUCAGCUAUCAAUCUUUGAAAAGAAGUUUCAGUGUAACAUCGUUUGUCCGGUAGAAAUAGCGGCAGAUUUUUUUAAAUUAAAUAUUUCUCAAUCGAAUACAUUGGUUUUAUAAUGUAGAAGCGAGAAGUUAAGAGGUUAUUUUGCCUAAAUUUUUAAUGGAAUGACUAUCAUCAUGUCAAGUGAAAACCGUGAAGAAGUGAUAACACGGAGAGCUCUGCGGACGCCAAAGUGCGCUCGCUGCAGGAACCAUGGAGUGAUUUCCUGUCUGAAGGGACAUAAACGUUUGUGCCGCUGGCGUGACUGUCGAUGUCCUGGAUGUCUUCUGGUUUUAGAAAGACAACGGGUUAUGGCUGCCCAGGUAGCUCUACGCCGGCAGCAAAGCGCAGGACGCACGGCUCGCGAGGGUGAAGCGGCUGCGCUGGCUGCACGAAAGAGAGCUUAUCGAGCUCGUCUACGUUGCAUACAAAUGUCUCGCAAUUUUCCUGUGCAUCAUACAAACCUAGGUAACUAUCAGCCAACCGCCACUGAAGAGGCAUGGUCCGAACGUGUUCGGAAACGACGUGCUUUUGCGGAUGCAGCUCUUGAGCGGGACUUGCCACAGUCGUUCCCAGAACCGCCACAUGCUGCAAUAUUUUGCAGACAUCUUUUAGCGGCUUUACUCACAAACUAUACGCCUACGCAACCUCCACGGCCGAAGAUAUCUUUUUCAAUCGAAUCUAUUAUUGGUGUGCAAUAAUUAGAGGGCUAGAUAUUUGCGUUUAUCCAUAUAAUUUAUAUAUUUAAUAAACAUUUAUGAAAAUCGUAAUUAAGGUGUGAUUAAAAAUUAUAGAAUUAUACAAAUGGACUUUAAUUAAAGGUAACAAAAAAUAAAACAUCAAACUGAACAAUGAGUGCUUUAUUAACGA